AUGUCGACGGAUAAGAUCACGUUCUUGGCGAACUGGCACGCCACCCCGUACCACGCACCAGUCUACCUCGCUCAAGCGAAAGGAUACUUCAAGGAUGAAGGUAUCAAGGUCGCUCUCUUGGAGCCCAACGACCCUAGCGAUGUCACCGAGAUCAUCGGAUCCGGCAAAGUGGAUCUCGGAUUCAAGGCUAUGAUUCAUACUCUUGCUGCAAAGGCCCGUGGCUUCCCAGUUGUGUCCAUUGGCAGCCUUCUCGAUGAGCCAUUCACCGGUGUUAUUUACCUCAAGGAGUCGGGCAUCACCACUGAUUUCUGCUCCCUCAAGGGCAAGCGCAUCGGCUAUGUGGGAGAGUUCGGCAAGAUCCAGAUCGAUGAGCUUACUUCCCACUAUGGCCUCACUCCAGAGGACUACACUGCAGUUCGCUGUGGAAUGAAUGUUUCCAAGGCCAUCAUCAGCGGCGAAAUUGACGCUGGUAUUGGCCUGGAAAAUGUCCAGAUGGUUGAGCUCGAGGAGUGGCUCGACAAGCAGGGCCGCCCCAAGACAGACGUCCAAAUGCUUCGCAUUGAUGAGCUCGCUGAACUGGGCUGCUGCUGUUUCUGCACCAUCCUCUACAUCGGCAACGAGUCCUUCAUUGAGGAGAACCCGGAGAAAGUUCGCGCUUUCCUUCGUGCUGUCAAGAAGGCCACUGAUUUCGUCCUUGCCGACCCCAACAAGGCUUGGGCUGAAUAUGUUGACUUCAAGCCUGUCAUGGGGACUGAUCUCAACCGCAAGAUGUUUGAGCGUAGCUUUGCCUACUUCUCAAAGGACUUGAAGAACGUCCAGCGCGACUGGAACAAGGUGACCAAGUAUGGGCAGAGACUCGGCGUCUUGGACGCCCAGUUCAAGUCCAACUACACCAACGAGUUCCUUGGCUGGGAGCUUGAAGCCGAGUCCCCAGACCCUACUGGCGACCAGAAGCGCAUGGUUGAGUUGCAGUGCGAUGUUGCCUGCCGAGGAGGCUUCCGCCGACUCCCAGCUGUCAUCAAGGCUUAA